CCCCCGACGCCGAUUGGUUAUCGGCGCCUGUGGGCGCGGCGCCGGGCGGCCGAUGAAUGGAGGCGCCGGAGGUGGUGGGAGCUGUUUGUGGAGUAGGAUGGAAGGAAGCGGUAGCGUGUGCGAGUUCUGGCGGCGGGCGGCGGGCCCGGAAGAGCGGCGGCUGCUAGAGCUGCUCUCCUACGCGUUGGUGGUGCUGGGCGCUGCCUCUGCGCUGCUGCUCCGCUUUAUCCCCAUGCCCUACGGCCGGUACUACUCGCGGCGCUUCGGCUGGCUGCUGCCCGCCCGCCUUGCCUGGGCGCUGCAGGAGCUGCCCUCCCUCCUCGUCCCGCUCGGGCUCGCAGCUUGCGGCGGGGCAGUAGCUGCCUCCUGGCCCAACCGCCUGCUGCUGGGCUGCUUCGUCCUGCACUACGCGCACAGGGCACUCAUAUUUCCUUUUCUCAUCCGGGAAGGAAAACCAACACCAUUUUUCACUUUUGUGCUAGCACUUCUGUUCUGUAGUUGCAAUGGAUACAUGCAAGGCCGAAGCUUAAGCAACUAUGCAAAAUACCCUCCCUGCUGGUUAAAAGAUCCCUGUUUCAUUACAGGUUUUAUAGGGUGGUUGAUUGGCAUGGCAAUCAAUAUUCAUUCAGAUCAUAUUCUCAGAAAUCUGAGAAAACCAGGGGAAACUGGUUACAAGAUACCAAGAGGAGGAAUGUUUGAGUAUGUCAGCGGAGCCAACUUUUUUGGAGAGAUCCUGGAAUGGUUUGGGUUUGCCCUUGCAUGCUGCACCAUUGAAAGCCUUGCAUUUGCGUUGUGUACGCUUUUCAUCUUGGGGUCAAGGGCAAAGCAACACCAUCAAUGGUACCAUGAGAAAUUUGAAGACUACCCAAAGGACAGAAAAAUUGUGAUUCCAUUUGUGUACUGAGCUGUGCUUUCAACAUGUGUUUUUGAAAGGGAUGCUUUUUAUAACCACUAACACUUCACAGGUGUUGGCAGGUUAACAACAUACUCUAAUGAUCACUGUGACUAAGCCUUUGCAUCAGCACUUCUGUGAGUUACUGUUUUUCCCCUUAAUGAGAACCCAGAAUCUGAUGGACACAAUGAAUAGGAGGAGACAUGCUUUUCCAACAGUGGAGUACCAUCAUAAAUACAUUAGGCAAUGCAUCUGAAUUCACAAAAUGGAAAGUACUCUACAGGACUUCUGCUGCUUUCUUUUCUGCCUAUCUAGGCUUCUGCUGUUGCCACUUCAUCUAGCUACACUGUCCUGAGGACUGUGCUGUAAACCCAGUCAAUCUCACUGCAAUCUAGAUGGUGUGUCCUGAUUGUUACUGGUCUGCAUUCACAAAUGGGGUUGACUUUUUUCCGUGCCUUCCUAAUCCUUUCUUCCUCACACCUGUGUUUCCAAAACUGAUGACAGACCAAGGAUAUUAGAUGAAUGUAGUUGCUGUGAGGUGAGAGACAGUGUUCUUCCUCCCUUUUGCGUUCUUACACAGAUCUGGAUGCUGUAUGGGUAAUACUAAUGCCAUUUACAUAAACAGCUGUUGUGCUGCCUUUCUCAAAUAAUAAAUUUAAGAUUUUUGUCUACCUCUCAAAUUUGAUAACUAUCUCAAUAUUCAAUAUGUGUUUUCUCACUCAAGACUACUUUUGGAAGGCAUUCUUUAU